GAUAUGCAAUUCGAGCAACCUGAUGGAAUGUCUCCAAGUGCUUCAGCGACUCUUGGAUUGUUUCGAAUGUCCAGAGCUCGCUCUCUCCGCCUUGUUCGUACUCAACUAGCUCUGGCGUAACUUUGCCCAUGCCACCACUGGAAUGGCAUCGCUGGUCAGAAUCUUGAGAUGUGACGUCGACUUUGUUUCCACAUCUUGCGUCAGUAUUUUGACUCUGUGGUAAAGCUUUCAAUAACGCCACUUCGGUAGUUGAAGAAGCCCUUGGAGCGUCGUACAGUCUGGAUCGAUCGACGACUAUACGCAGGAGAUAAUUGUGGAAGCUGAGCACUCCAAGGACGUGAUGGUGAUGGAAAUGAAUAAGUCUUUCCGGUCCUAUCUAGACAGCAUCAAGGACUCUACUGCGAGCGAGCGGGCGCAUUCAGCUGCGUGGAGGAAUGACUCUUGGAACGAAGAGAAGAGAGGCGAUUAGACGGUACAUGAAAUCCGCUGCUACACUAGGCUCAUUUGUGCAGCCAGCGCCUAGCCACGACGGCGCUCCAACUUUUGCCUCAUAUAAGAUCCACUAUGAUACGCCCGAUUCUGAGGCUGCUCUUCAGCCUCUGCGUCCAUCUUUUGGUACCGUCAUCUGCGACACAACACACAAUACCCAUCUCGCCCGCAGCGCCCGACUCGUCCGCGCCUUGUUUGACCGCACCCUGAAGAUGCGAAUGAGCUCACGAAACAAACCAGACCGGAUUGAGGUGGUGACGCUCCCGCUACCGCAAUCCUUCUCGGACGAUCAACGCGCAGAGGCCUGCAUCCACCACCAUGAGGACGAAUACCGGAACCGCCUGCUCAUCCCCGACAAGGUCGAGGCAGCUUCAUGGUUUCUGCCUGAGCAGUUCAUGGACAAAAGGUACGCGCGGAGGAUCCUAGCCAUCAAUCGAUUCGAGGAUGAUACGAACGACGAGGCCGUGGUGGUCUCUUGGGAGGAGUCACUCAGCAAUAGGGACUCGCUCCACGAAGCCGUCAGGAAUCCCAGCGAGAGCCGCGCCGGUAGCUAUCUUUCCAUCUACUGGCAGCCACGUCAUGAGUCGUGGCAUGUGGUGUAUGGUAGAGAAUACAUGCCCGACACCGACCCGCCUCUGACCUACGGACCUGCGAAGAAACGCGGCUUGCGCACCGGAUACGUAUGGGCCCUCGAAAUUCUCCUUGGAAUGAUAGUCAACACCAUUGACGACGCUAAUGAAUGGCUGACUGCGGUACUCGAGAGGGAAGACCGGCGGCCCAAAUUUGGGUUACGGGAUUUGAGUCUACUUGUUAGCUCCAACACGGAUGUCACUGAUACACUUGCGGAUUCCUGGAGGACGAGCGAAACUUCGAAGAAAAUUGAGAGACUUCUAUCUGUCGACGAACCUGCAGACAGCCUCGAAGACGGCGAAGCCUUCAAGAAGUUUGAGUCAGUGUCGGAUUGGAAGUCCAAUUCGACAGCGAGUAAGGGCAGAGCAUGGGCCAUCUCGAGGGAGUACAAUUAG